AUGGCAGGGGAAUCAAUAAAUGACAAACUUAACAAGCUGAAACAAAAAAAACAAUCCACCGUUGCCAAGAACAGAUCUCAGCUUGCUAAACAUCAAGAUAAACUCAAGUUGGAAUCUAUCAAGGUUCAAGUGGAUGACUUGAAAGAAAAACAGUCAAGAGCAAAGAAAAAACUAAUAAAUCUGGAUGAGCAGAAAAAAAGAUUGAAGAACUGGGAUUAUUCUAUACAACAAGACGAGGACUGGAAUGAUAGAUUAGAAAAAUCUGAUUUACCCGAUGACUACGCUCAAAUCGCCGAACGUGCUUAUACCAAGGAUCUUUCAAAAGCACUCACUCCGUUGUCUCAAGAAGAAUACAAUACACAGAAACAAGAAUAUUACAGAACUAGGUCUCAAGGGAUUCCCUAUGUGCAUAAACCAUCCUCUGAGAAGCUUGAAUCCGUGAUUAAUCACGUCAAGGCUAAAGACGAACGUACUCUGCGAAAAAUCAACAAAAACAAAAUUAGAAACUCUCUUAGUGGAGGAGAUACCAAUUACAUUAACGAUAAGAACAAGCAAUUCAACGAGAAACUAAACCGCCACUACAAAUAA